AUGAAAUACGUAUGGCUGGACGUCGAUCCCGGACAUGAUGAUGCUACAGCCAUCAUGAUGGCCAUCCAUUGCCCGAACAUACAACUCCUGGGUGUAUCAACAGUUCAUGGCAACGCUUCUGCUGAAUGCACUGCGAAGAAUGCAGCUAGGUGCCUCCAUGCAUUCGGCGCAUCAAACGACGUGCUCGUUUAUCCUGGUGCCGUAAAGCCUCUGAUUCGAGAGGCAAGACAUGAUCCAGAUAUUCACGGUGAAAAUGGCCUAGGAGGCGUGCAAGGGCUUACUCCAUCCGAUGAUCCCAAGGCAACAGCGAGAAUUGCCAAAGAUGUGGAUGGUUUGCCGGUUAAUGCUUUAGAGGCUAUGGCAAAGUCAAUCAAGCAAAUAUGGAAGAAGGGUACAGGCCAUCAGGCCACUAUCGUGUCGUGUGGACCCAUGACAAACGUCGCUCUUUUUGUUAGCGUAUACCCGGAAUUACUGGUCGCCGUUGAGCAGUUUGUUUUUAUGGGUGGAGGUGUCGGUCUUGGCAACCGAUCCGCUGUAGCAGAAUUCAAUAUACUAUGUGAUCCUGAGGCCGCUCAAAUCGUGCUGAAUGUACCUGUAAAGAAAGUUAUGAUACCGAUCAACGUAACACAUACUGCGAUCGUGAACAGGGAGGUGCACUCAUGCUUACGAUCGCCCACCGCCACAUCACCCGAAAACGAUAACGUGCUUCCCCAUCCAUCUACUAAUCUUCGUCAUACUCUUUCGACCCUCAUUAGUUUCUUUGCCGAUACCUACAAGUCUACAUUUGGCUUCGACGAAGGUCCUCCUCUCCAUGAUGCUCUAACCAUCGGCUAUGUUUCGAAUCCGGAACUUUUUGCGUGCGAGCGUUACCGAGUGGACGUAGAGUUGAAUGGUGCCAUAACCGCCGGUGAGACGGUCGUUGACCUCUGGAAUUACCGUUCAUGUGACGAAUCGUGGGGACCGAGCGGAAAGAACUCUCUCGUCGCCCAAUACGUUAAUGUGGAUCAAUUCUUCGCUCUCUUCUUGGAAUGCGUAGCGCAGUGUGAUGAAGUAUCUCCGUUGAAUAAAUGCUAG